GGCCGAUACCCGGUCACAUGAUCCUAGUUUCACUCCCCGUCAUUUAUAUUUAUCAUCCGCCAUAUUGUUUACGUAUGAGCCCGCGCGACUUUUAAGUAACCGCAURCGCGUCUAUACCACAGGAGGACCAAUCAAUGAAAUUAUGUACCACAGGAAGACUAAUCAACAAAUUUAUAUCUGCCGUGCUCCCUUGAGCGAGCGCGAGUUUGCACWUGAAUGACAAACAUGGCGGAGGAAAUACCGAGAUUUGCACUCUUAGAAGGAACGGUAGACGACUUUAUCUAUGAACAAGAAAACAAAAACACACAAGCUAAGACCAACAGAGAUGUAAAAUUGCUUDAAGUAUUUCUUCAAUCCAAGAAAGAGCACAGGGAAGUUGAAAACAUUCCUCCAGCUGAGCUCAAUGAGUUGCUGAGCGAGUUCAUACUUACCGUUCGUACAGUAGAGGGAAARWAUUAUGAGCCAACGUCCCUCCGAGGCAUGAUUGCUAGCUUUGAAAGAUUUUUAAAGCGCAAAAACUACCAAGUCAGUAUUAUCAACGAUUUGGCAUUUGAAAAAACCCGUAARACCCUGCAGUCUAAGCAAAAAGAGCUAAAGAAACGAGGCAAAGGUAAUAAGCCAAAUGCAUCAGGGGCAUUGACAGAAGAUGAGAUGAAAGUCCUMUAUGAAAAAGGUCUCCUUGGAAUUYCAAGUCCUGAGGCGCUUCUUAACUCUCUUUGGCUGAAAAAUACUCUUCAUUUCGGACUUCGUGGGAUUCAGGAACAUCACAGUAUGUGCUGGGGCGAUGUGACUUUGAACAAAACAGCGGGUGGCGUCGAGUAYCUAGAAUACAACGAAAGGCAAACGAAAACACGUACCGGCGCAAACGCAACUGAUGUCAGGCCGUUUCCACCAAAAAUGUUCGCCACGGAUGRCAGUGAAAAAGAUCCCGUCAAAGUUUACAAACUGUUUGCACAGAAAAGGACCGGUAAUACGAAAGAACGAGACWGUCCUUUUUAUUUGGCCGUAAAUAACGUUAAARUCAGAAGCGCUUCCUCAAGCAAACUUUGGUUCAAAAGCAACAAGGUGGGUGUAAACUGGGCGGGUUGAUGAAAGAGAUGGCAGAAAAAGCUGGCAUAGAAAAUCCUAAACUUAGAAAUCAUAGUGGAAGAAAAACUAUGGUUCAAACAUUAAGCGACAACGGAGUUCCACCGGCCCAUAUAGCACAGCUUUCCGGCCACAGAAAUCUAAAAAGUAUAGAA